AUGACUCGAGGCACUGGAUUGAUGGGAUCUCAGAAUGUGGUCGCGUCGACUGCUUGCGUCUACGGUUACGCGGACAGUCGAGUGCUAACUGCGGGAGAGCGUCCACAAUUGCUGAGUUCCGACUGGAUUGUCGAACCUGAGAACAGCAAAGGUAGUGUGGACAGUAGUUAG